UAUGGAUACAGUGGGAGGUUUGACUGAGCGUAAUGUCUGUAGAAACAUAGAAACUAAGUGGGAAAAGAAACUGAAACAGCUAAAAUACUUAACAUGGCGGCUUGUGUAAUACCUGGCUACUAACAACGUUCCACAUUUAUUUUUAGCUAACAUUUCUCGAGCGAGGCCAACCCACCAGUCAGGCCUACUCCUUUGAUCAUAACAUACGACUUUGCCUACCACCAAUAAUCCGGAAAGGCCAUAGUAUUUUGAUAGGCAAGCAGCUGUUUUUGUACGAACUUCUCCACAGUAUUCAACAGUGAAGAAAGUGAGACGUACCUCGUAAAAUAUGAAGUUUGGUGUUGGAAAUAUGAUCUCUUGAUAGUCAGAUAAAACGAACGAAGGAAGUGUGUGUGAUUCCUUUCCAUAGGCAGCAUGGUAGACUCUCCUGAAAGACUUGCUUUUGACCCUUUGAAGUAUUUGAGGUCUCGAGAGCAUGGGAUACAGGCGAAACUAGGAUGGAGAAAUACGUUGUAUUCUUCGAUAUACACCCACUUCAGUGACAGUUUGAAGACGCCAGUUCCGCCUUGUGAUGGGCAGGACUGGGGCUCUGUCUUUGGGUUUGGGUUUUCCUCUGAUGGGUCAUUACUUGCUGCUGCUUGUGAAAGGAAAUGUGUGUUGUUGUAUGAUCCUGUCAACAUGCGGCUGAUCUCAAGAAAGUUUAAUGUUCACAAUGACUGUGUGAACUGCGUGAAGUUUCUAGACAACAGACUGUUUGCAACAUGUUCAGAUGACACAACAGUGCGGCUUUGGGACAUGCGCUCUUUGAAACAAGAAGUGCGAAUACUAAAAGGCCAUUCAAGUUGGGUGAAAAACAUCGAAUAUGAUCCUUCAACUGGAAUUCUUGUGACCUCUGGAUUUGAUGGAAAUGUAUAUUCCUGGAAUUUAGACAACUACUCCGAGUCAGACUGUAGGAGGAAACGGCUUCUUUACAUUAACGGGAUUAUGCGGACUGUGUUGACACCUUCCGCAGACAAGAUGAUCAUCUCCACCAAGGAUGGAUACUUUGUAAUAAUUCACAACUUGGAUCUGGAGCAUUUGAAAAGUGAUAUGGAAGGAUUCAGACCUCACCCUGAUAUGUCCAAUUAUGGACGCAAGUUUUUUCGGGACAGAAACAAAGUAGAGGUCAUGGGAGACUUCCCACAAAAUGAUGAUGCAGAGUCUAUUUCUACAAUGGAGGUUCACCCUCAAGGCUGGUGCGUUGCUUCAAGGAAUACAACAUUUUCUGGAACUGCUGAGUGGACAUGCGUGCAUGACAUCCAGUUGAAGCGAAAAAGAAGAGGAAAGGAUGCAAGGCCUUCAAAUGGUUGUGAUAGUGACAAAGGUGCGACUUCAGAUUUGAAUUCUGAGACUGGAAGACGAAGAGAUGAUUCUGGCAGCUGUAUGUUCUCUCCACCCACAAACUCCACCACUCAAUAUCAGACUACUGGACGCAGCCAGAAUGGUCAAUUAUCCUUUGCUUUGAGUCAAAUCCGAAGGCAAUUCUUUGAUCACAGUGACUCUCCACUAAGACAGAAUUUAGACUCCUCUUUGUCUGCUCAAGUUCCCUCCUUUGGAAUGUUCUUGUUUCAGUCUGAACCGGGUGCUUAUGAAUCAGGAGAUAGUUCCUCAGAUGAUAGCAGUGAUAAUGGUAAUGAUGAUGAUGAUGAUGAAUCCAAUGGAAGAAAUGGCGUCGUCAGUGAUGAUUCCUUACCUUCCUCCCCGCUCAGGGAGAAUGAGGAGGAGCUGGAGGAGGAAGAAAGUGCCGAAGCGUCGGAGAGUCUUCCUAUCACUUCAUCCUCCAACUCAUCAGCUACUGCCACCAACAGCGUAAGUCACACCCCGUCCAGGGGUCCCCCGUCAUCAAAUGAAUGUGUGCCACCUCAGAGAUCUGCUUUCUCUGCAGUUCAAGACAUACUGGAACGUAAUAACGCAUCUGUUUCCUAUUUGCAAAAUAUUGUUGGAUAUGACAGCUUCUCCAGUUUCCGUGAAGGGGAUUGGCAUAGAAAUCGAAAUGAAAACUCUCUUCCAGAGAUGGCAUUACGGCUAGGAGACAAUCUCAGCACAGACACCUGGAGGAUAAGAGUAGGACGCCAGAGAAGGCUCUUGUUUCAUUUAGAGGAACCAAAUGUGGGAUCAGGAUUUAUAAAGGAGCAAAGUUUCAGCCCUGAUGGUAGAGUGCUUGCAUCUCCAUUUGGAAAUUGUGUGCGUUUGCUGGCUUUUAACAAUUCUUGUUUGGAACUCUGUGACUGUGUUCCCAGUACAGCAACAGCUCUGCAGGAAGUGGCGAUGGUCGGACAGAUGAAGUCUAUCGUCUUAGCCAGCACAUUCUCCCCCUCCCAGCCCCUAUUUGCCGCUGGAUGCAAAGAUGGAACUAUUGUUUUCAGCACCCCAAAGUUGUGAUUGUACUGCAUGCUUGUGUGGUGAUAUUGUAAAGUUGUAAAAAAAAUGUUGAUCACACACAAAAGAAGCGUGAAUGUGACUGUUAGUUUCGAAAAGAAUUUGUUUCAUUGUAUGACAGUAGAUCUUGUUAGGGAAAAGAUGGACAAUUAUAAUGAAUAUAUUAAAGUGUACAGACUUUGUAAAUUGUUAACACAAUAAAACAAGACAAAACAAAUAAAAUAGUGAAGAAAUC